UAGCUUUAACACCGCGCCACUGGAGAAAGCAGCCGAUAAACAACCCGCGUCUCGACACCGAAAGUUCUUUGUUCGUCUCCGGCAUUAGCUUAACGCGUAGCCACCAUGAUGUCUGAUAAGAUGAGCAUGUCUCUGGACGACAUUAUCAAGCUCAACAAGAAAGGAGGCAGCGGCCGCGGAGGACGAUCGUCUGGCGGGCAGGGUGGAAGUUCAGGUCGGGCCGGUGGAUCGUCAAGGCCGGUGCGGAAUCGAGAGAAUAACUUCAACCGCGAGAGGAACAACAGAUCCACACCGUACACCCGGCCCAGAGAGUUGCCAGACAAAUGGCAGCACGACAUGUUCGAGGAGCAUGCUGGUGGUGGGCACAGAGGACAAAGUGCAGGAGCCGACAGAAGUGUAGAAAAUAAUGGCAAGCUGCUGGUUUCCAAUCUGGACUUUGGUGUCUCCGACUUGGAUAUCAAGGAAUUGUUUGCGGAGUUUGGGACAUUACAGAAAGCAUCUGUACACUACAACCGGUCUGGUCGCAGUAAAGGAAAUGCAGACGUCCACUUUGAAACCAAGGCAGAAGCACUCAAAGCCAUGAAGCACUAUAACGGCGUCCCACUUGAUGGCCGCCCCAUGAAAAUCCAGCAAGUGACUUCAGAAGUCGACACUGAGAGUAGACCUUCUACACAAAGUUCAAACGGAGGGUUUGACCGCAGCAGGCUUGGACAGCCCAAGUUUGAAAGGAGUGACAGAGGUGAUCGGGGUGACAGAGGUGAUCGUGGAGAUAGGGGUGAUCGAGGUGAAAGGAGACAAGGUGGAGGCUUCAGAGGUCGUGGAAGAGGAGGUGGAAGAGGAGGAAGAGGAGGUGGAAACAGACCCCAACUUUCAGCAGAGGAGCUGGAUGCCCAGUUGGAUGCUUACAAUGCCAAGAUGGAAACCAGUUAAAGGUGCUCAAAGGAUGAUGCUUCUGUCCCCUUUUUUGUUUAAUUUUUUAUUUUUAUUUUUUAAAUCAAUUGGAUGUGAUUGAUCGGACUUUAUUACACUUUUUUUUAAUUUUUUUUAAACUAUUUUAUUGUAUGGACCAUUAUAUUCUGUUGGUUUUAAUAUUCUGUAUUUUUUUUUUUUAGCCAUGCUUCAGUUUUAUGUUUUGGGAUUUUUCUCCUGGGCCACCGGCUCCUGAGCUUUUUUUCCACAUGUAUGGACAAUUGCUGUAAACCUACAUGAUUUUUUUCUUAAAUCGCAUAAACAUGAUUCAGUGGUUUGACAGACUGUAAUGUAAUGUUAAACAUGUUAAUGUAACGCAGUUCUGUCAUUUGGUACUGUAUACAUGACAUAUUUCAAAGGGUUUUGUACAUAAAUAAUUAUAUGGAA